AUGGCUAGACCAGCUGUAUUCAAAUCAUGUUUGCAUGAGAUUUCCACAGUCUACAUGAUAUGCUUAGCUCAGUUUUUGGCUCAGGGAGGAGUGUUAAUGGCUUUGAGUACAAAAAACAUCAUUUUGCAAUCGUUCAAUGAUCCAAAUUUUGACCACUCACAGGCUGUCUGGUUUAUGGGGUCCUUUGCAUUGACGGUGGGAACAUUCAUCUUAAUCAGUGGGAAGAUCGGAGACGUUUUUGGAUUGAAAUUAGUUUUCGUGGUGGGAUGGGUAUGGGUGUCAAUUCUCUCCAUCAUCACUGGUUUCUCCUACUAUUCAAAGUCUGUCAUCUUUUUCAUCAUAUGUCGGGCACUCCAGGGAAUUGGAUUUGCCUUGAUUUUGCCUUGUGGAAUGGGAAUACUUGGAACGCUUUAUCCUAAUGGUGAACGUAAGAAUAUUGCAUUUGGUUGUGUGGGAGCACUGGGUCCUUCAGGUGCUUUUUUUGGAGCGUUUAUGGCUGCAGUCAUUGCGCAAUUAGCGUGGUGGCCGUGGGUGUUUUGGAUAAUGGGAAUCGUGGCAGCUAUUGGUGCCGUGAUCUCGUAUUGGGUUAUCCCCAUGGAACUCACCAAUAAAGAAUGUUCGACAAGGGAAAAGCUUAGGAGGAUAGAUACCUAUGGGUCAUUAACAGGAGUGGCAGGACUUGUUCUUCUUAAUUUUGUAUGGACUCAAGGACCGGUUGUCGGAUGGGGUACGGCGUAUAUCAUCAUACUUUUGGUGGUUUCUCUUGCACUCACUGGAAUCUUUUUCUAUUUAGAGGUCAAGGUGAUUGAAAUGCCUUUACUUCCCGCAGGAGUGUUUAAUCGAAAAAUAGGGCUUUGCCUUUUAUGUUUGGGUUUGGGAUGGGGAUCGUUUGGAAUAUGGCAGUACUAUUAUUGGAGUUUACUCUUAGACCUUCGCCAUUACACUUCGAUUCACGGUGGAUUAACGUACCUCACUUUUUGCAUCAUGGGAAUUAUUGCAGCAUUGCUGUGUGGGUUUAUUAUGUCUCGAACAAGCCCAUCUUACAUCAUUUCUUUUGCAUCAAUUGCAUUCAUGUGUGGUUGCAUUAUGCUUUCGGUCACCCCUGUCAAAGAAAGCUUCUUUCGCAUGUCCUUUGGCCAGCUUUUCAUUCUUGUGUGGGGAAUGGACCUUAGUUUUCCUGCUGCAUCCUUGAUCUUGUCCGAUAAUUUACCCAUUGAACAGCAAGGAAUGGCAGGGCUGUUAGUAACAACAGUAACAAAUUUUUCUGUUUCCCUUAUUUUGGGAAUCAGUAGUACCGCCGAAAUCGAGGUCUUUAGGCGUACUGGUGAUACUCUUCUGAGUUAUCGUGCAGCAUUAUAUUUGGGGAUUGGUGUGUCUGGUCUUGGAGUAUUAUGCUCGUUUGUGUUUAUCUAUCAACAAUUAAAAGAGUCAAAGCAGAUCAAGGAACAAGAGAAGAUGGGCGAGAUAGACCAAGAAAAUCACGAAAGCACUUUAAGACCAACUACCGAUAAAAGCGACUUGACUGAACAAGCCCUAGACAUCAGUAUAUCCAAUUAA